AUGCUCCAUGAUGACAGAAUUCUCUCAGAGGCUCACAAAUGGAAGCAGAUUCUGGCAAGAAUCAUUCAUGUUGUUGUCUUUCUUGGUGAAAGAGGACUGUAUUUCCGUGGAUCUUCACAAAGAAUUGGUGAUAUUCACAAUGGGAAUUUUUUAGGUCUUAUUGAGCUCCUUGCUCACUAUGAUCGAGUUCUAAGCGAGCAUGUAACAAAAAUUCAAGUAUCACAGGAAAAAGGUGAGACUGCAGCUCAUUAUCUUUCAGCAGCAUCCCAGAACGAGUUCAUUGGUUUGUGUGCAGAGUAUGUUCGCAGUCGUGUCUUGGAUGAAAUUGAUGAUGCAAAAUACUACUCAAUCAUGGUCGAUGCUACACCUGAUUCAAGUCAUGUUGAACAAACCACCUUUAUAAUCCGUUAUUUGACAAGGGAGCUUCAAGAAUUUUUUGUCCAAGAGCAUUUCUUGACAUUCGUUGAUUGUUUUUGGAAUUUCACUUGCAGAUUGAUAAUGCUGCAAACAUGUCUGGCAGAUAUAAUGGAGCCCAACAGCACAUCCUUGCUGAAAACCCCUCGUGCCUGUAAUCUAUGUGGAGCAGAUUCUGCAGCUUGCUGUAAAGAAGCAGUGACAUUUUUUGCUCAACUGCCAGGAAUACACUCAGCUCUGGAGCAACUUCAUACACUGAAUCUUACCCCUAAGACUGCCACUGAAGUUAAUGGCGCCGUAAAAUACAUUUCCUCUUUUACUUGCAUCCUCAUGUCUACAAGGCAAGCCACCAUUGAUGUAGAGGUCUCCAAUCUGAAAUCACUUGUGAACGACCUUAAAAAUCUGCGCAAGCAGCAAAUUUCCACUGCCUGUGUUACCCUGGCAAAGCAAUACAACAAUGAUAUCUCGCAAGAUGAAAAAAUGGUGCAUCUCAAAGCGAUCCAUGGUGCAAACUUUGGAGACGAAUCAUUAAGCCCAUUCAGCCUCUUAAAGAAAAUCAGCAAGUUCAAGCUUGCCGAGAUAUUCCCAAAUGUGUGCAUUGCCCUGAGGAUAUUUUGUACAUUGCCCUUUACCGUUGCUUCAGCAGAGCGAUCUUUCAGCAAACUCAAGCUCAUCAAAAACUUCUUACGGAGCACAAUGACACAAGACCGAUUGAAUGACUUGGCUAUUCUAGGCAUAGAGAGCGACCUUACAGGGGGCCCAUGUCUAUUGGUUGCCCCGGGGCCCAGCCAAGCUCUCGGCGGCCCUGAACUCUGGGGUAGAGUGGAAGUUUCCCAAGACUUGUUGAUGAGUUUCAGGAGUGCAAGGUCACCUACUGGUCCCAGUUCAGCUGGCAGGGUGUUGCUACUUAUUCUUGCCGAGAACUCGUGUGCCAGUCUGUUCGCCUCUGACUGGGGGUCAUGGCUGUUUCUGUGGAUUCUUUGCUGGCCUAGCCUGGGCAAGGUCAGCUUGUUCUGA